AUGAGACUGACCUACUGUAACCUCUCAAAGAGAAGCUGUGAAGCUCUGUCCGCAGUUCUCACCUUGCAGUCCUGUAGUCUGAGAGAGCUGGACAUGAGUAACAACGACCUGCAGGAUUCAGGAGUGAAGCUUCUGUCUGCUUUAGUUGAGAGUCCACACUGUAAACUUGAAACUCUCAGUCUGUCAGGCUGUCUGAUCACAGAGGAAGGCUGUACGUCUCUGGCCUCAGCUCUGACCUCAAACCCUUCAUAUCUGAGAGAGCUGGACCUGAGCUACAAUCAUCCAGGAGACUCAGGAAUAAAGCUGCUGUCGGCUGGACUGAACGAUCCACGCUGGAGACUGGACACUCUCAAAAUCGACAGAAACACAGUACACACAAAGCUCCAACUGUCUGACAACAACAGGAAGGUGACACAUGCUGAGGAGGUUCAAUCAUAUCCUGAUCAUCCGGACAGAUUUGAUGUUUGUAAACAGCUGCUGUGUAGAGAUGGUCUGACUGGUCACUGUUACUGGGAGGUCGAGUGGACAGGAAGAGUUUUUAUAUCAGUGAGUUACGGAAGAAUCAGAAGGAAAGGAGGCAGUGGUGACUGUUUGUUUGGAUGGAAUGAUCAGUCCUGGAGUCUCAUCUGCUCUGGUGAUGGUCCUCCAUCUGUCUGGCACAAUAAGAGAGUAACAUGCAUCUCCUCCUCUGUCUCGAACAGAGUAGCAGUGUAUGUGGACUGUCCUGCUGGCACUCUGUCCCUCUACAGAGUCUCCUCUGACACUCUGACCCACCUCCACACCUUCAACACCACAUUUACUGAAACUCUUUAUCCUGGCUUUGGUGUCUUGUCUCCUGGUUCCUCAGUGUCCCUGUGCUGA